AUGGGAGAGUUUGCUCAGCUGGACAAGUUCCUGACACAGGAGAAGUCCAGCUCUUCAAGCAGCAUCCUGCCAAACCCCGUCAGCCCUGCCUGGUAUGACCCAGAGGCAAAAUCCUGGUAUGGCCAGCAAGACAUGGUCGGCCUUUCAAGAAAGGACAAGCAGAGGCUUCUUCCCUGUGCAAUGUUUUGUCAGUAUGCCCCAACUGGCCGUGCACGCUGCCGGCGGUGCGGAGAAGAAAUCGAAAAGGGGGCGCUGAGAUUGGGCUAUCCAUUCAGAUGGAGGCAGAGCGAAGAUGCGUACACACUUUACCUGCACCCGGAGUGCUACGAGUCCUCUGUCUUUGGCAUCAAGGAGAAAGAGUUGCGCACCAAGAUUUUUGGAUAUGAAGCUCUCAACAACACUGAGCGCCAGCGCCUGUGGAAGGCCAUGCGUUCGGAAAGCCGUGCCAGCAAGGCCAGUCGAGAAGGCGCAGAUGCCACAGCUGAGUAUUCCAGUGGGUCCGUGGGCAUCGUAACCAAGAAUCUGCCUGAGAUACCUGUGCCGAAGGACUUGGCAGUUCCUAUGCUGCCGUUCCAAAAAGAAGGUCUAGCCUGGAUGUGCCACCAAGAAGACUCCGACGUGCGUGGUGGCAUCCUUGCGGAUGAGAUGGGCAUGGGAAAGACGAUCCAGGCCAUCAGCCUGCUGCUAGCUCGGCCCUUGAAGGGGCCAUGCCUCGUCGUCUGCCCAAUGGCUGCUGUCCAGCAGUGGGUGAAGGAGAUCGCAAAGUUCACGAAGAAAGGCACGCUUCGCACCCUGGUUUAUCAUGGCUCUGAGAAGGGCAAGCUGUCGACGCAGUUCAAGAAGUGCGAUGUUGUGAUCACUACCUAUCAGACUCUUGAGUCGGAUUACCGCCGUGAAGCACACAAACAUCGGCUGAAGUGCAAGUACUGCGGCAAGCUCUUCAUGCCCGAGAAGCUUGCCUUCCACCAGCGAUACUUCUGCGGUCCGAAUGCGGAGAAAACCAAGAAGCAACAGAAGACUGCAGCUAAAAAGGGUAUGCAGACGCUGGGGAUUGGAGCACCUGCCACUUCUACGGAUUCCCCGCCGACCAUCACCAACAUCUACCGUGACUUCAUGAAGCAAGCUGGAGUGGAUGUCAAGGCAAAGGGCUACUGGAACGUCAUGAAAGAGACCCAAGAGAGGCUCAAGGAGAAGUCUUCUUCCUCAUCUUCGAAGGCGAAAGAAGGUGAUGAUGUCCUGAGUCGAGAACGCCUUGCUCUCCUGGACAAGAAGGAGCUGACAGAUCUCUGCGUGAAGAAAGGCUUAGACUCCAGUGGCCGUAAGCCGGAUUUGGUGGAUCGGCUCAUGGAGUUUGCUGUCCGUGGCGCUGUCGCGUCCCCCGUGAAGAAGGCAACCCUUGCGAUGAAGCUCAUCGCCUCCGUAGCUUCGAAGGCGAAAGCCCAGCCUGCAAAAGCAGCGAACGGCAAGAAGCGGCCAUUGCUCCUGCGCACUGGUUCUGGCGGCUCUUCCAAGUAUCAAGGCGUCUCACAUGUGAAGGCCAGCGGGAAGUGGCAGGCGGUUUUCCAGGGCAGCCGCCUUGGCACCUUUGCAUCGGAGCUGAAAGCUGCCCAAGCGAUACGCGAUGCAGCAGAGGAGGCAGAGACCAAAGGGAAGGGUGGCAAGGCCAAAGCAGCGAAGGCGCGGUGCGAUGCGGAAACUUUCGAAGGAGUACAGCUGGACCUGAGUGAGUCUCCUUUGCACAGCAUUGAGUGGGCUCGAGUCGUCCUGGACGAGGCUCACCGCAUCAAGGGCCGAACUAACAGCACGGCGCUGGCUGCCUACGCCUUGCAAGUGCAGAAGGGCUACAAGUGGUGCCUGACCGGAACGCCGUUGCAAAAUCGUGUCGGGGAGUUGUACUCACUGAUUCGCUUCCUGCGCGUGCGGCCGUAUGCCUUUUACUACUGCAAGAAGCAGGGCUGCAAGUGCGAGUGCGCCUGCUUCAUGCGAGAUCGGUACUGCCCGAAUUGUGGCCACGUUCGAUUCAUGCACUACUCCAGCUUCAAGCGAGACGUGUCCAACCCCAUCAUCAAGUUUGGCUACAUGGGGGCAGGAAAGACAGCUUUCCAGAAGCUCCGGCAGGACAUCCUCCAGCGCUGCAUGCUGCGACGAACGAAGGAAGAGCGGAAGGCUGAUCUCAAGCUGCCACCAAUCAAGGUCACAAUUCGGAAGGACAAGCUGUCACAGCAGGAGAUGGAUUUCUACUCCAGCCUUUACAUGCAGUCAUGCGUCAAGUUUGACACUUUCAUACACUCGGGCACCAUCCUGCACAACUAUGCCCACAUCUUUGACUUGCUUACCUCUCUCCGACGAGCAGUAGAUCAUCCAUACCUCAUCGUGUACGGGGGUGGUCAGGCGACGCACAAGUUGCCAGCGGGUAAGGCAUUGCCGGCUGCAAACUGCGGAAGUGUCUGUGGCCUUUGUCAGGAUGACGUGAUCGAGGGCGGGGAAGAGGUCAAGCGAGAGGCGAAGUGCGGACAUGUCUUCCAUGACGAGUGUAUCCGUGCGUACAUGGCUGAUGCACCAACCCUGAAGUCCGGAGGAGUUGGAUGCCCAGUUUGCUUCACGAGGUUGACCAUUGACCUCGAGGACGGUGACGACGAAGGGGACGAAACCGAGGAGACGCCCAAGAAGAAGCCCCGCAAAGCUCCCACUAUGACACCGGCAAAGACAUCCAGGCCAAGCUCAAGUCCAGCAGCCAAGGCCAAGGCCAAAGCCACGGCGAAGCCAGCUUUGCCUGCACCAGCCGAAGAACAUACGACCAAGUCUGUCGCGAAGGGUGGCUUCGGCCCGGGCAGCAUAAUGAAGAAGGUGAAGGCUGCAGACUUUCAAAGCAGCACCAAAAUCGAGGCGGUUGUAGAUGAGAUCAACAAGAUGCUUGUCGAGUUCCGCAUGAAGCGGGCUGGCAUCUCUUGCGCAACUGGGGCAGAAGGGAAGUGGCGGGAUGUCGAUGCAGGCACGAUGGAAGCUGAGUUCAGGGCAGGUCUAGUGAUCUUUCGACUGCAGGCUGCGGCCGCGAGGGAAGACGCCUUGGCGGCUUUCAACGAGGAUCCCACGAUGAAGGUCAUUUUGAUCUCCUUGAAGGCUGGAGGAGAAGGCCUCAAUCUGCAGGUAGCCAACCACGUCUUCCUGUUAGAUCCCUGGUGGAAUCCGGCUUGUGAGAUGCAGGCAGAAGAACGGUUGGUAGACAUAGGUCAUGGCUUGCAGUAUACACAGUACAUAGCUGUCAGGUUCAUCACGGCUGACACGAUUGAAGAGAAAAUCAUCAAGCUUCAGGAGAAGAAACAGCUGGUCUUUGAUGCUUCCAUCGAUGGCUCCGCAGCAUCUCUCGGCAAGCUGACAGAGCAGGUUGGUCACCCGCCCGUGGUCUUCUGCACUCCCGGAAACAGGGACUUAUGCGAGAAGAUUGUUGCCCACCUGAGCUGGACCAUAGGAAAGGCCCGCUUUCGAACUUUCGCAAAUGGAGAGAUCUCCGUCAAGCUGGAGCAGUCGGUGUCGAACUACGACGUGUUUGUUGUUUGUGCCCGUGACGACUUUGAGUGCGAAAUCAACUUCAUGCUCAUGCAGUUGCUCAUCAUGCUGGAUGCGCUGAAAUCGGAGUCGCCUCACCGAAUCACCGUGGUUUUGCCUUGCGUGGAGUAUGCACGGCAGGACCGAAAGUUCGAGGCUGGAGAGGCAAUCGCUCCGAAGCUUCUGCUCCACUUGAUGGCAACUGCUGGCGCAGACCGCUUCGUAACCAUCGACUUGCACAAUCAGGCCGAAGCCGGCUUCAGCCCAGCGCAGGCAGCACUCGAUGAGUUGACCUGCGAGAAAUAUCUUGGAGCUUUCAUUCGGGAAGCGAUCCCGAGCUUCAAGCCGGAGGAGACGCUGGUGUGUGCCACUGAUGCUGGUGGUGCGAAGCGAACAAGGAAGAUGGCCGACGAGCUGCAGGUCGGCUUUAUGAUGGCUGACAAGUUCCGGCCCAAAGCAGGCGAAGUUGGCCAGGUGAAGAUCAUCUCCGAUGCUUCCUUGAAUCCCUCUAACGUUAUCAUCGUUGAUGACAUGUUUGACACCUGCGGAAGCUUGGUCAAAGUAGUCGAAGCGGUGAGGAACUUUGCCCCCGAGGCAAGAAUAUACGCCGUGGGGACUCAUGGCUACUUCUCGAAGGAUGCCAGCGAGCGGGUUGCCAAAAUGAUCGCUGACCUGGGUUUGGAGUGGAUAGCCGUCACCAACUGCAUCUCCCAGAGAAUGCCUUUGCAGAAGUUCCAAAAGCUUGGGAUUGGUGAAAGGUUAAAGGUCGUGGAUGUCUCGAGAUUAGUGGCUGGGGCCAUUAUUCGCAUCCACUUGGGAGCCAGCGUCAACCUGCCAAAGUUCCGACAACUUGGGCCAAUGAACCCAGACCCGCUGCUAGCAGAAGCAGCGUUCGUGCCAACGACACAAUACACGCUGCGGGGCUCGUCUGCACCAGUUCCGCAGAGUUCGGAGAUGUGA